ACCCAAAACCGAUCCAACCCGGCCAUGGUAAACCUUACUCGUAGUUACGAUUAGAACAUCGCCUCCUGCUAUCUGCUCCUCACGUCGACCCUCCCUGUGAAGCUACCGGCCAGAGACCUUCAAUAGCCACAACUCCGUGGCACCCAACCCAGGUUUUCUUUUCCAGUGAUAUACGAAAUUUCUAUAGUAUUUUUUUACUAUAGAAAUUCAACAACCACACGACUGCGCAACCAUGGCAUGUGCAAAUUGGAUACACUCAUCGGCCCUCUUUCACGCCACCUUCCCAACUACUAGCCAUCGGCGGGACACUCCUUCGUCAAGCUUCAGUCUAGCCACUUCCUCCGCCGGCAAGCCGAUAUUCUCUUCAAAUUACCAAUACAGACCUCCAGCCGUCGCCGUCCAAGCUCAGGCCAAGCGAGGCUUCUCACUGAAAAAGGAAGAGGAAACAGCUUCAGCGGCUGAUAUGCAGUUUGAAGCUCCGCUCAAGGUUGUGCUGUAUCCAGACCCUAUACUGAGGGCAAAGAACAAGCUCAUUGCUACAUUCGAUGAGAACUUGAAGAAAUUAGUUGACGAAAUGUUUGAUGUAAUGUACAAAACUGAUGGAAUCGGGCUCUCAGCACCCCAAGUUGGAAUUAACGUUCAACUUAUGGUGUUUAAUCCAGUUGGUGAACGAGGCGAAGGAGAAGAAAUUGUUCUUGUAAAUCCACGUGUCACAAGAUAUUCUAAAAAGUUGGCUCCUUUUACAGAAGGAUGCUUAUCUUUUCCAGGCAUCAAUGCUGAUGUGGUGAGGCCAGAAGCUGUUAAGGUUGAUGCGCAAGACAUAACCGGUGAAAAGUUUUCAGUUGGCUUAUCAGGCCUCCCUGCACGGGUUUUUCAACAUGAAUUUGAUCAUUUAGAGGGUGUUCUCUUCUUUGACAGAAUGACUGCACAAGUUGUUGAUAGCAUACGUUCACAACUGCAGGAGCUGGAACAAAAGUAUGAGGACAGGACCGGAUUGUCAAGCCCUGAAAAGAUUGAAACCCGCAAAAGAUGGAAGGCGGCUGCUGGAUUUGGACGAUCUUGAUUCGAUUGUCGCCAUUGUGGUAGUAGUGUUUGUAUACUUGAUACUAGUUUUUCAUUUUUAUAGUUACGUAAUUUCUUUUUAAAGCUGGAAUCUAAAGUAUGUUGUUAUUUUGUUUUGAAUAAUAUAACUAGAUUAUGACCCGCGUUAAACGCGGGGAUCGCAUAAAUAAAAUAUAAAUGUAUAUAGAUAUUGCAGAAUAAUUAUAAAAAAAAUCAGGGUUAUUGAUAUUA